GGGAGGGGCGAGCAGGAAGUAUGUCCCGGAGCGGCGGUCGGGCUGGAACCGGCACGAGGCGGACGCCGAGCCGGCCGGGGCUGCCCCCGCUCUCCCGGCCCAGCCCCGGACUUCCCAGCAGGCGGAGCUCUCCCGGACCCCCUCCCUCCCCCGGCCAGCCUCGCCGGCGACCCCCUGGUGACCCCGGGCGGGUCCCCGCCCCGCCCCCACCCCCGACCCCGGGCCCUGGGAAAUGAAAGGGCCGGAAGCCCGCGGCGGGCGGCGGGCGGCGGGCUCCUGACGCUCUCGGGGCCCGCGGAGCGGCGCUGUUCCCGCUCCGCUCCCUUUGUGGCGGCCGGCGCUGCCCCUCCCCGCUGCCGGUCCUCCGGUUGUAGCGGCGGGGGCCGUUGCUUCCGGCCCGGAACGUUCCCCUUGGGCCUGCAGACGUUGGGCGGCUCGGGGUUGCCAGCGCUGCGUCGGCUUCGCCCCUGCCCGUGCUGACGCGCCACGGUCCGGGCUCCCGUCGGCUCCGACCGCCGGAAGCGCCACGGCGGCCCCUCACGGGUCAGCGUCUCGAGGGCCGUGGGAGGACCCCGGUUGGGUGUCGCGAGGCCCCUUCACGCCGAGGCCCCUUCACGCCGAGGCCCCUUCACGCCGAGGCCCCUUCACGCCGAGGCCCCUUCACGCCGAGGCCCCUUCACGCCGAGGCCUUGUGCAGGUCCCGGCGGCGCCAGGGCCGCGCCCUCCGUUCUUAGGCCCCCGUUCUGACGUUCUGCCGUCGGAGCGCUCUUUGCCCGGAACCUCCGGGUCCCGCGCUCCCGGACCCAGGGCUCGCCUUCCCGGCGAGCUCCCUCGGUGACCUCCCCUCCCCCCUUUACCAUGAACAGGACCCCCCUGAAGCGCUCCCGGAUCCUGAGCAUGGCGCUGUCCGGGGCCUCGGGGGCGCCCGCCGAGGGGGCGCCGGGGCCGGAGAAGCCGUUCUUGCUGAGGGCGGCGCGCAUCGCCCUGGUGGUGACGCUCUACUGGGUGAUCUCCAUCUCCAUGGUCUUCCUGAACAAGUACCUGCUGGACAGCCCCUCGCUGCGCCUGGACGCGCCGCUCUUCGUCACCUUCUACCAGUGCCUGGUCACGGCCCUGCUGUGCAAGGCCCUCAGCCUGCUGGCCGCCUGCCGGCCCGGCGCCGUGCGCUUCCCGGCCGUGCGCGCCGACCUGAAGGCCUCCCGCAGCGUCCUGCCGCUGUCGCUGGUCUUCAUCGGCAUGAUCACCUUCAACAACCUCUGCCUCAAGUACGUGGGCGUGGCCUUCUACCACGUGGGCCGCUCCCUCACCACCGUCUUCAACGUGCUGCUCUCCUACCUGCUGCUCAAGCAGACCACCUCCUUCUCGGCCCUGCUCUCGUGCGGCGUCAUCAUCGGUGGUUUCUGGCUGGGCGUGGACCAGGAGGGAGAAGAGGGCACCCUGUCGUGGGUGGGCACCCUGUUCGGGGUGCUGGCCAGCCUCUGCGUCUCCCUCAAUGCCAUCUACACCAAGAAGGUGCUGCCGGCGGUGGAUGGCAGCAUCUGGCGGCUGACCUUCUAUAACAACGUCAAUGCUUGCAUCCUCUUCCUCCCCCUGCUGCUGCUGUUUGGGGAGCUGCAGACCGUGGCCGUCUUCGACAAGCUGGACAGCGCCUACUUCUGGGGCAUGAUGACCCUGGGCGGGCUCUUUGGCUUUGCCAUCGGCUAUGUGACGGGCCUGCAGAUCAAGUUCACCAGUCCCCUGACCCACAACGUGUCCGGCACAGCCAAAGCCUGCGCUCAGACGGUCCUGGCUGUCCUGUACUUCGAGGAGACCAAAAGCUUCCUCUGGUGGACCAGCAACCUGAUGGUGCUGGGUGGCUCCUCGGCCUACACCUGGGUGAAGGGGCUGGAGAUGAAGAAGGCCCAGGAGGAGCUGGCCCCCAGGGAGGGCGAGAAGGGCGAGAUGGGCGUGUGAGCCUGCCCUGGGCAGAGGGCAGGAAGAGUCCUACCCAGGGGUGGAGAGCACAGGAUAUGGUGGGGGGCGGAGCCUAGGUGGGAGCUGGAGUCCCGGAGAGCAGGGGCCACGGGGAAGGAAGCUGGGAGGCGGUCGGUGGCCUCCUGGGCCCAGGAGCUCCUGUCUCAUCAUCCUCGUUUCUCUAGUGUUUUACAGUUUACAGCAUCCUCUCCUCACAACUGCUUGUACAGUUGUACUUGUAUUAUUAUUUCCAUUUUACAGACAAAGAAACUGAGAUUCAGGAGCGGCGAUAGCCAAUAAAUAGUAAAACUGGCAUCCAAGCCCAGGUUUUCCCAGAAUUUUUCUCACUACUGCCUGAAAAGAGGCAUCAGUCUCUGUAAGAUUUAGCCAAAGACUGCUGUGUGAGUGUCUUCUGGCCCCUCUCCCAUCUCUGGAGAGACGGGAGACCUUGGAGGAGGGGUCUCCUAUGAGAGGACAGAAGAAAUGAAUUGUCCUUGCUAUAUUACCCAAGCCAGAAGGAUGGGCCCCUCCCUUGUGCUCUCUUCUCCCAUGGAGGAUGCUCUAUCAGAAGCUAUUAUGGCUGUUGUAAAGGUCCUUAUUGAUCCCUGGGAGCCACUAAAGUCAGGAGUGGGAGGCAAGUGUGAAUGUGCCAGAAACAGCCUUCUUCCCCCCCCCCCCCCCCCCAUCUACCCACCUCUUUGAAAGCAGGUACUAAAGUUGCUGUUGCCGUAUCUCCAAGAAAAGCGUGACCUUGGCCCAAAUGGAGAAAAAUGGACAAUCUGUCCCUAGCAGGGGACAAGCACUCCAGCCCAGAUGAAAGCCCUCCAGCUGCUCCCUCUGCUCCCAGCCACAGCCCCCAAUGAUCUGUCUCUGAGGUGAUGGGGCCUCCUGUUACUGUGACCCGGGGGCAGCCCGCUGCCCCACAAACCUUUCACCUUGGUCGGUGGUUCACUUAUUUUCUGGACUGGGCUUUGAUGGGGGAGGCUCUCCAUGUGAAAAAAGUGUUUGACCUUACACGACCAUUCUCAUCCUCACUCCACCCUAAAAUUGGGAGAUUCAAAUGAUGCCUUCAGUGUUCCUAGCAGGCCAGGAAAAAUGUGACUUCUUUCUUACUGCUGCUUAUGCCCUAUUCCCAAAUGGGGGCUAUAGGGCAUCUUAUUCCCAUCUGUCCCCUGGGAGUGAAGAGGCCUUGGAGGUCACUGCAGAGUUUUCUGUCAGCCCAUCCUCUUCCUCCACAUGCUAAAUAUUGGGUAGACUGAUGUUGUGAUUUAUAAAAGGCCAUAUGUAAGGGGCAUAGUCUUCUCAAUCUUGGAAACAAUGUUGGAAAAGGGUAAAAGAUCUGCCAUGUAUAGGUGCUUAAUAAAUACUUGUUGAUUGAUUACA